AUUUCUUUUGCGGCACAAGACUUCAGCCAGAACUUAUCGUUUUGUGUCGUCAAAGUCGUUGCGUGGCUCAGUUACUUUCUUUGAUAAGUAAUGAAUCCAUUGACAAAUGUCCGCAACAUCCAGAAGUUGAACCAGACUGAGCUUCAACUUGGUACUGUUGGCAAGAAAUCAUGGCACGACCAGUAUAAAGAUAGUGCAUGGCUCUUUAUUGGUGGACUUCCCUACGAGCUCACAGAGGGAGACAUAAUCUGUGUCUUCUCCCAGUAUGGAGAAAUUGUCAACAUAAACCUGGUGCGAGACAAGGGAACCGGCAAGUCCAAGGGCUAUGGUUUCCUCUGUUACGAGGAUCAGCGCAGCACCGUACUGGCUGUAGACAACCUCAACAGCAUUAAGCUCCUGGGGCGUGUCAUUCGUGUGGACCAUGUUGAGAACUACAAGAUCCCCAAAGAACAUGGAGAUGAGGAUGAAGUCACAAAGAGGCUGAGGGAAGAGGGAUGUGCCCCAAAGAUCCAGCCAUCAUCAUCAUCGGAAGAGGAACCAGUUGUUGUUAAGAAAGCCAAGAAAGUUAAAGAUCCAGAUAAGAAAUCAAAGAAGAAGAAAAAGAAAGAAAAGAAAAAGAAAAAGGUUGCAUCAGAAUCGGCUUCAAGUAGUGAGGAUGAGAGGUCACAUGAUAGGAGUCAGCCAAUCAGAACAAAGAAAGAAAAGGUUGAUCCUGGGUUUGUCAAACAGGAACGACAAAGAGUCUCUCCAGUGGACAGCUUUGAGCGAGACAGGAGAGAUGGGGAUGGAGCCUUUGAGAGAGACGGCCGAGAUAGGGGUGGUGGCUUUGAAAGAGAUAGGCGAGAUGGAGGUGGGGGCUUUGAGAGAGACAGGCGAGAUAGGGGUGGUGGCUUUGAGAGAGACGGACGAGAUAGGGGUGGUGGCUUUGAGAGAAAUAGGCGAGAUGGAGGUGGGGGCUUUGAGAGAGACAGGCGGGAUGGUGGUGAGGGCUAUGAGAGAGACAGACGAGAUAUGGGUUUGGACUUUGGAAGAGACAGGCGAGAUGGGGGUGGGGCGUUUGAAAGAGAAAGGCGAGAUGGGCGUGGGGGCUUUGAAAGAGAUGGGGAUGGGGACUUCCAUAGGGAUUCUGGGUUCAGAAAUGGAAUGAACAGAUCACAAGAUAGGAGAAAUGAGAGAUAUGAUAGAGGGAGGGGUGACAGGAGAGAUGAUGUUUGGAGAGACAGAGAGAGGGACGACUUCAGGCAAAGAAGGGGAGAUAACUCUGAGGAUCGAUUCCGAGGUGAUCGUGACAGAUACCAACAAGAUGACAGGAGACGAGAUGAAAGAGCAUAUGAUGAUCGAAGGAGGUGAUAUUCUGGAUUUACCUCAAGGAAAAUACUUUUCCAUCCAUGCUCAUAAGCUCUAAGUCUUCUGUCGCAGCUGUGCCAUCUUGUUUGUGUGGACCACGUGUCGAGAGCCACAUGAUCUUCAAGCACCAUGGAGACUAUGUGAAUUUCCAAAGAGUGUGUCUGUGAGGAACUUGAGAUUUCCAGCAAUGUGUGUUUGUGCAGUCUGUGUUCAUGUCAAACUGUGCUCCAAUGCAGCUUGUGGGGGCAGUGGGGUAGCCUAGUGGUUAAAGCGUUGGCUCGUCACGCCGAAGACCCAGGUUUGAAUGCCCACAUGGGUACAAUGUGUGAAGCCCAUUUCUGGUGUCCCCCGCCGUGAUGGUGCUGGAAUAUUGCUAAAAGCGGAGUAAAACCAAACUCAGUCAGUCAGCAAUGCCUCUUGUGUCACACGUGCAUCUAGGUUUCAAGAGAAUUCUAAUCUUAGGCAACAUCUCCAGAGACUUUUCCACAAAGCAGUCGUCAUCAACAGUCACAAGUGUGUGUUAAACUAUACGAGUUACGGUCACCUAUUUGCUCCAACUGCUUUGUUGACGAGAACCAAGUGCUACAAGCAUAUCACUGGUUAGAGACUAUUGGCUGUCAACAUCAUAAUCAUACAUCAAGUAUGCAGAUAUUUUCUGUUGUUUGUGUGACCGCUUGUCUCAGAUACUUCAUUGUAAAUAAUCCAGCAAUCAUCAAUUUGGUAAUAAAAUACAUGAAAUGAAA